AUGAGUUCUCCAUUAGAAUCACCAACAACAGUGUCACCACCUAGCGGUAAGAACACUCUAACCGUAACUGAUAAUCGUACUGGUAAGACCUAUGAGAUUGCAAUUACCAAUGAAACAUGUAAGGCACUCGAUUUCCGUCCAAUCAAAGAGAAUCCGUCAGAUUUCGGUACAAUGAUUUACGAUCCAGGUUAUUACAAUACUGCCGUUUGUAAAUCACAGAUUACAUAUAUCGAUGGUGAUCAAGGUAUUCUAGAGUAUCGUGGUUAUUCUAUCGAGGAUUUGGCUGCCAACUCUUCAUUCGUAGAGGUUGCUUAUUUAUUGAUUUUCGGAUCAUUACCAAGUUCUAAUCAACUUAAUCUAUGGAAUUCAAAGAUUAUGAAUCAUACUUUUAUUCAUGAGAAUCUUAUUCAAUUGAUGAAAUCUUUUAGAUAUGAUGCACACCCAAUGGGUAUGCUCAUCAGUUCAAUGAGUGCAAUGUCAACAUUCUAUCCAGAGGCUAACCCUGCAUUGAAAGGUGCCGAUAUCUACAAGAACAAGGCAUUGAUGAACAAACAAAUUUUUAGAAUUCUUGGUAAAUUACCAACUAUCGCUGCUUGUGCUUAUCGUCAUAGAAUUGGAAGACCAUAUAAUAAUCCAACCAAUACAUUAUCAUAUACUGAAAACUUUUUAUAUAUGUUGGAUCGUUUAUCAGAGACAAACUAUAAGCCACAUCCAGUACUCACAAGAGCUUUGGAUAAGUUGUUUAUUAUACACGCAGAUCAUGAAUUGAAUUGCUCUACUGCAACAAUGAGACAGAUUGCUUCGACUUUGGUCGAUCCAUACUCUGCUGUCGCCGGUGCUGCAAGUGCUUUGUAUGGACCGUUGCACGGUGGUGCCAACGAAGCUGUAUUGCGUAUGUUGGAGCAAAUCGGUAGUGUUGAGAACAUUCCAAGCUUCUUGGAGGCCGUCAAGCAAAAGAAGCAACGUUUGAUGGGAUUCGGACAUCGUGUAUACAAAUCGUACGAUCCACGUGCCAAGAUCCUGAAGGAGGUCACUCAAGAGGUGUUUGCUUUGCUCGGAAAGAAUCCGCUGAUGGAGAUUGCAACCGAGUUGGAGCGUCAUGCCUUGACCGAUCGUUACUUUAUCGAUAGACAACUCUAUCCAAACGUCGAUUUCUACAGUGGUAUCAUCUACAAGACAAUGGGAUUCCCAACCGAUAUGUUCCCAGUGCUCUUCUCCAUCCCAAGAGCUGCCGGAUGGUUAGCUCACUGGGUUGAGGAACUCUCUGAUGCUGAUUUGAGAAUCUUUAGACCAAGACAGAUCUAUCUUGGAAAGCGUGGUGAGAAAUACAUUCCACUCGAGAACAGAGUUUCUCCACAAAACGAACUAAGCAGCUACGCCUCUGGUAUGUCAUCAAGAAGACAGGUAUCCGAUAACGACGAAACCAACGCCAUUCCAAAGACUGCUAACGGUUCAAAAUCAAUGCUUUCACAAUCUAUUGAAUCAACUUUUGGUAAUUAA